AUAUGAGUUUUGUUUUAAUUGAACUAGGAGCUGUUCGCUGAUACCAUGACAAUAUUUCGUAGGAAAUGGCGAUUCUUAUCCCUUGCGACAUUAGCCGGAUUUGUUCUUAUUUCAAUCUGUAUACUCGGGCUCAUGGAAAAUCAAUAUUUUGUCAGUCUUUCUCAAUGCCAAGGAUAUAGAUUGACAGAUCAUCACCACUUUAUGGCUGAUCUAAGGAAUAUUACGGUCGGUGUCAGCAGUCGGGACUCCUCGAGCAUUCCUUUUGUCUCCAAGGCUUUACCAAGUAAUAUGUCUGUCAAAAAUACAACUGAGAUUUCAAUGUCCAAUUGCACAAAACACACCACAUCUGCUUUGGUUGGAUUAUAUUUGAAUGAACCGACUGAUGAACACCUUUUUACCUACAUCCAUAAUCCAAACGGGACAUGUUUCCAUGAGAAUGGCACGAGAAUGGAUGUGUAUCUCCUAUUCUUCGUUCCGUCAGCACCGGGGAAUUUCUUCCGUCGUAAGGCGAUUCGCGGGUCUUACGGUAAAAGAGACACUUGGUCGAUCCAUGGAGGCGGCCAAGUGGUGACAGUGUUCUUGCUUGGUUCCACAAGCGACUCAGGGCUUCAGAAGAAGAUUGAUAUCGAAUGUGACCAACACGGUGACAUCGUCCAGGAGUCCUUUGUCGAUUCCUACCGCAAUCUCACUCUGAAGACAAUGAUGGGUUUUAAAUGGACCAGGAACCACUGCCGGCACGCACACUUUGCCAUGAAAAUCGACGACGACACGUCGGUCGUCCAAAGACGCAUCGUGGCGAUCCUCGAAGACGCACCACAUUCUAAAUCCCUGCUUGGAUAUGUCUUUGAGAAGCCACCGGUGGUCCGUUCCCUGAGGGAUAAGUUCUACAUCAGCAAGGAAUACUAUCCUGACGACAUCUACCCAGCCUACUCAAUCGGAGCCGGUUAUAUCCUGACCAUGGACCUCGUGGACGCUAUUUUUAAUGUUUCCACCACGAUACCAAUAUUUCCUUUUGAAGACGUCUUCGUGGGUAUGUGUCUUCGGAGGCUCAGCAUCAAACCCAGGAACGUUGAUGGAUUCCUUUAUCGACGUUCCUACAUACAUCUCCUAACUGGCGACGUCGACAAAAUAGCCGCAAAAUACGCCAUAGCGACGAGUAUUCCUUCGCGCUACAUGAGGCCUUUUUACAAUAGAUUCAUUGUAAACUGAGAUCCAUAUUAUCAGGUCUUUUUAGCUGCUUCAGUUUUGUAUUAAAUAUGAUAAAAGUAGGCCUACACAGGAAAAAUAACGUGUUAUACAACUUGUUUGUUACGUAACUGCAAUUUUUUUGUAUAUAUAUAUUUAUUGCUCAAACAGUGAAAAGUAACACUUUUAAACUUUAUUUUGAAAUCUUAAAGAAUAAUUGUAAGUUCAUAUGGAAAAACAGCCGGGGUAAUUAUAUAGUAACUUAAGUAGCAAGCAUAGUGGAGCAGGCAUAAAUAGCUGCGCCAUAUAAUUAGACACGCCAUUAUCAUUAUUAUAAUAUAAAGCAUAUUACAUGUAUAUUUUGUACUUUGAUGUUGCUUGUUUCUGCUCAUGUGAUAUUUGAACCUAAGAAACACCUGUCACUUUACUAUGUUACUAAGAUUUUGAACAAGCCUGCAACGUUUCAUAGACACAGACUAUGUUACGGACACUCCGUCCCUCUGAGAGGACAUUCCAGACUUUUCGCAUUUUCUACGGGGAAACUCUCUACAACGGACAAAUUCCUUUGAAAAUGCAACCUCUCAAAUCUCCAUUGCGAUUUCAAUGGCAUGUCAAGACCCCACUGAGUACAUGGGAUCACGCGCGUAAAACAUUUUCCAUAGACUCGUAUGUUGAAAUGGUACUGUAAAAUGAAUUCAUAGAAAAAUAAAGUGGAAAUUAGAGGUUUGAAAGUUUACUACCAGUGGAUAGGAUAUAAUUAUAUCAGACAUUCCAUAUCUGACCAGAAUAGGGUACCUUAGCCAGCUCAUUCAAAAAAUAAAUUGGCAUUUAUGAAUACAUCUCCUCACGGAAUCAAAUUCAUCGUCUGAAACAGUAAAGUAGCCCUAUUCUUCCGCCACCCCCCCCCCCAAAAAAAAAAAUAGUUCCAAAGUCUCCAAUAUUUUUUCUUAUUUGGGAAGAAGUUCAGUAGUUGCCCUGUCUAUAGUCAAAGUUAUAGAUGGUCAAUCAUAUUAAGACAUUUUGGUCAAUCAGCAAUAUCAAAUUAAAAUAAUUUUGAAUGGGUUGGGUCGAAUUAAUAUCUUUUGUCUUCCUGUAGUAAUUAGGCUCGUGGCACAACGGGAGAACCCCUGUGUUGGUCCAUCUGCAAACCCCCAUUAGUUAAGAUAAUUAGGUACUUUUCGCAACUGCAACGAGGAUGGAUACAAGACCACAAUAUAAAUGUACUUAAAUUGCCAGUAAAAAAUGAAAAGCUGGGAGGUCUUUGUCGAAAAUGGGUGAACUUGAACAGCAGUGUCGUCCUAAGUUUCGGAGCUGAUAAAAAAUUUCAAAUAUGUUGUUUGUUCAGAGUCCAGGAUGAAACUGCUUUUUUGAUUCACCAAUUUCGACAAAGACUCCUUGGUUGUUCAUUGUCAUGGAGGGCAUUUCACAAUACAUUUAAUUUUUUCUUGAAUCCGUUGUGCGUCGUUGAAGCGACUACUCCAUAGUGUACACAGCAAAAACUUUGGUGUUAACCGGUGUACAUAGAGGACCACACCAGUUAUUUUACACCGGUGUUAAAUUGACAGUGUUAGCAUACAAUACCUUUGGUUGUUACAUUUACACUCUUUGGUGUUAUGUUCAAUCUCUAUGGUGUAAUUUUAACACCUCAGGUUGUGGUCCUCUAUCAACACCAACUGGUGUCAGUUUAACACCAUAGUUUUUACAGUGUAAGUAGAGUCCCGCAAGUUCUUACUGUGAUACAGUCUGCUUUUUCCCACAAAGAACAUGAAGAAGAUUGAGGUGACCCCAAAGAAAUAAUACUUAUAAACUUAGCAAUACAAUUAUGUCAAAAUUUCCUUUGUUUUAUCAAUGCCAUUUAAAAAAAAAUCACACUCGUGUCUGUAUAGUAGGCCCAAUAAAGUCGCAUUUAAACCACAAAGUAUAUAGACCUGCAGAUAUUGCAAACCAUUACGAUAGUCAUUAUUCGUUCACAAUAGGUUCAUGGGUCAACAGAAACAUUCAAGUCCCAACUGAAAACUUAUUUGUUUCUCUCCCAUUAACAGUUUAGUGUUUUUGAUUCAGGAGAAUUCAAAAUUCUAUUCUUUUUCUAUUAUUGUUUGUGUGUGUGUUUAUUUUCUUGAAGCGCCAUGAGCACCGAAAGGAGGACCUGUGUGCUCUAUAAGUAGCCACCAUUAUCUUUAUCAUUAUCAUUAUUAUUAUUAUUAUAGCUUGGCAGUAUGUUAAUGAUUAAUGUGAUUGUCUUAUGAAUAAUAUUAUGUUCAAAAGUCAAUUGGUAGUGCUCGUAGGCGUAAUUAGCACGAUCAGUAAUGUUGUGUAUUUCGAUUAAUAUAUAAAUACUAGAUAGAAAGGUCGAAGCGAUUUUAUGCAUGUGAUACCAAACCAUAAUUACCGACGGCCUUUUUCCUCACUGCGUGCUAUGGACUUGGUCAAAUAAAUAUCUGGAACGU